AUGGUCCUUAGAGGAGCGUUGAUGAGUAGUCCAGCUUCACUGCCAUGGAGCUUCCUGGUAUACGGCACCCUGAGCUUUGUGCUUCUGUGGCUGCUAGAUCGGCUGUGGUGGCACCCGCGGCGGCUUGAGCGGGCCUUGCGCGCACAGGGGCUGCGCGGCACGUCGUACCGCUUCAUCAGGGGCGAUCUCAUCGACUAUGCACGGCGGACCAGGGAAGCAAGGUCAAGGUCAUUACCGUUGCGCUGCCACAACAUAGCCCCCCUCGUCGGGCCGCUCCUCCACGACAUUGUCCAGGAGCACGGCAAGACGUGUAUAUCUUGGUUUGGUGUGUUUCCCAAGGUGACCAUCAGCGACCCUGACUUGACCAAGGAAGUGCUGUCCAACAAGUUCGGCCACUUCGAGAAGCUCAAGUUUCCGGCGUUGUCCAGGCUGCUUGCUGGCGGCCUAGCAAUAUACGAGGGCGAGAAAUGGGUCAAGCAUAGGAGGAUCCUCAACCCCGCCUUCCAUCUCGAGAAGCUCAAGCUCAUGGUGCCAGCAAUUUCUACAUGCUGUGGAGAGCUUGUCAGUACAUGGACGCGAUCCCUUGGUUCAGAUGGUACUUUUGAGGUGGAUGUCUUCCCAGAGCUCCAACGACUCACUGGAGAUGUCAUUUCUCGCACGGCGUUUGGCAGUAAUUACCUUGAAGGCACCAGGAUAUUUCAGCUGCAAUCCGAGCAAGCUGAGCGCAUCCUAGCAACGCUUAAGAGGAAUACCAUUCCCGGUUACUUGUCCUUGCCCACAAAAAACAACAGAAAGAUGCAUCAAAUUAACAGCGAAAUUGAGUCCAUUUUACACGGUCUAAUUGAGAAAAGAAUGCAAGCUAUGCAAGAAGGAGAAAAUACCAAAGAUGACUUACUCGGCUUGAUGCUUGAGUCAAACAUGAGGACCUCAGAUGAGGAUGGCCAAUGGAUCUCAGGAAUGACCAUUAAAGAGGUCGUGGAGGAAUGCAAGUUGUUCUAUUUCGCAGGAACGGAAACAACAUCAAAAUUGCUCACAUGGACAAUGACCGUUCUAAGUAUGCAUCCGGAGUGGCAAGAUCAUGCAAGGGAGGAGGUCCUUGGCGUAUUUGGAAAGAGCAAUCUUGAGUACGAAGGCCUUAAUCGACUCAAAAGAGUGACCAUGGUUCUUUACGAGGUGCUCCGGUUGUACCCGCCUGCUGUCGGGCUCAUCAGGAAAACGUACAAGGAGAUAGAGAUUGGAGGUGUUACAUACCCCGCUGGUGUGCUCAUCGAGCUUCCCGUUAUAUUAAUGCACCAUGACCCAGAUAUAUGGGGAAGCGAUGUGCAUGAGUUCAAGCCAGAGAGGUUCGCCAAUGGGAUCUCCAAGGCUUCCAAGAAUCCUGGUGCAUUCCUACCAUUCGGUUGGGGGCCACGGAUCUGCAUUGGCCAACAGCUUGCCUUGAUUGAGGCCAAGAUGGCCUUGUGCAUGAUCCUUCAACACUUUGAGUUUGAGCUCGCACCAUCAUAUACUCAUGCACCAGAUAAUGGAAAUAUGAUGCGUCCGAUGCAUGGUGCACAAAUUAAGAUCGAGGCAACUUAG